CUUUCAUUUCUGUAAUCUCAGCCGUUGAUUUCUCCAAUGCUCUGGAGACCAUCUAGGGUUACCAUCGAUCGUCGACCACCACAUUAUCAUCAUCAUCCUCUUCUUUGUCUUCCAAUAUGUCUUCCAAGAUCAAUCGCUCAUCCAUUGAUCCGAUUGCUCCGCCGUCAUGUACCCACUUGACCGAGUUCCGAUCUCGAAAUGGGUCCCACCCUUUCCGGGCUUUCCAGAAUUGCCUUCGGGUAAAGCCAGGCCGUGCUUCCAUACGCCGGGAUCCUCACGAGGUUCCACGUUGUUCCGCCUGUGGGGACUCAGCUACUUCCCGCCUAUAUGCUUGCAUUGCGUGCGCCACCGUGUCUUGUCACGCGCCCGCUGGGGGGCUAUAUCAUGCGACGGCCCACGCCUCCGCAAUGUCGCCGGGUCAUGAGAUCGCUGUCGAUGUUGAUCGGGCCGAGCUCUUCUGCUGCGCGUGCCGUGACCAGAUUUACGAUCGCGAUUUCGAUGCUGCGGUGGUAUUGGCUCAGACCAGCGCGUCUACUCUUGGUGGUGGGUCAGCCGCGAUUCCGUCUCCACGGCCGGAGAAUCUUCGGAAGCGUCGCAGAGUGGACUAUCGGCCGUGGUUUCCUGAUCAGCGCGAGCAGUUUUUGAUGGGAAGCGGUUCAAAUCCACUGGACGGUGACCAUUGUUCUUCGGAUCUGCCGCGGGGAUUGCGUGGGUUGAACAAUUUGGGGAAUACAUGCUUUAUGAAUUCUGUCUUGCAGGCUCUGCUUCACACGCCGCCUCUGAGAAAUUAUUUUCUGAGCGAUAGGCAUAACCGAUAUUUUUGUCAGAAAAACAGUAAUGCUGGCAAUGCGGAGAGGAGAACUGCUAAUAACAAGGAUGGCGGCAAUGGGAAUAAGAAUGUGCGAGUAUGCUUAGCUUGUGAUCUGGAUGCUAUGUUUUCCGCUGUGUUUUCGGGAGAUCGGAAACCCUACAGCCCCGCAAAGUUCUUAUACAGUUGGUGGCAACAUGCAGCGAACCUUGCAGGUUAUGAACAGCAGGAUGCACAUGAAUUUUUCAUCUCCAUGCUGGAUGGGUUAUGUGAAAAGGUGGAGAGGGAUCGGCGGAAGCCUCAUGGUCAAGGCAUUGGAGACUGUUGCAUUGCUCAUAGGGUGUUUUCUGGUAUAUUGCGAUCUGAUGUUAUGUGCAUGGCCUGUGGUUUCACUUCUACAACUUAUGACCCUUGCGUUGACAUCUCACUGGAUUUGGAACCAAAUCAAGGCGGUUCUGCCAAGAUAACUACCACAACAUCAAAAGAUUCAUGCAAUGGUGAGUCGGAUUGCAUGAAACCAGGUCAAACCUCUGGGACAUCAACUCUGAGGGGUUGCUUGGAGCAAUUUACAAGAGCUGAGAGGCUGGGGUCGGACCAAAAGUUUUUCUGUCAACAGUGUCAAGUGAGGCAGGAAUCUCUCAAGCAAAUGUCCAUAAGAAAGCUUCCCUUAGUUUCAUGCUUCCACAUAAAAAGAUUUGAGCAUUCUUCAACAAGAAAGAUGUCAAGGAAGGUGGACCGCUAUCUGCAAUUUCCCUUGUCACUUGACAUGUCACCCUACCUUUCCUCUUCAAUCUUAAGGAGCCGUUUUGGGAACAGAAUCUUUCCUUUUGAUGAUGAUGAGCAGCCUGAUGCUACAAGUGAAUUGGCAUCAGAGUUUGAGUUGUUUGCCGUUGUCACUCACUCAGGUAAGCUAGAUGCUGGCCACUAUGUGACUUAUUUGCGGUUAGGCAAUCAAUGGUACAAGUGCGAUGAUGCAUGGGUCACUCAGGUUGAUGAGAACAUUGUUAGGGCUGCCCAGGGCUACAUGAUGUUCUAUGUACAGAAGAUGCUUUACUACAAAGCAACUGAGAAACAAGGCGCUUCGUGAUGUUUUGUGGUCCAGAAGAUAGUCCUCCAAAUUAGUGGGUGUCACGGAUAACAUGAUUUUUUUCACAUUUGUGACAUGCCAAUGCUAUAUUCAUAUAUACCUUGAGAUUGAAAAAGAAAAAAAGGAAAGAGAAAAGAAGACAGUUUUCUGGAAUCACAAAUAACACCUCUCUCUGAUCUCUUGGCUAACACUUGGGGAUUUGGGAGUUAUUCUAUACCUUUUCAGUUGGAGCAAGAAGCAAGCCAGAAUUUUUUAGGCACUCCAACUGUUUGGAAACCAUAUUUAGGAGUAUGGUAUUGUCAGAAGCAAGUUUCUGAUUUCUUCUUUGUUGC